GUGUGCGUACACCAUUCUUAUGACUAAUGAUCUGUAUAUGAAUAAAAAUAAAAGGACUCAAAUGAACUUUUAAUGUAUAAUGGUAUAAGGACUCACCACUGGUUGCUUUGUUACCGUAGGGGACACUGGCUAAAAUAUAUUUAUUGUGAUGGAUGGACCACAUUUGUGUGGGAGGGGUCAGUCAGCUUGCCCUACUGAGGCAGCCUUGUGUGGCAGCAGAUGAGCUAGAUGACUCAUGUAUACAGUAUGUGCAAGUGGAGGAGCACCCGCACAUGACAGUUCACUCUUCCACUCAGUCUACGCUAAUGUUCUAUUCUGACCCGUCGUUGCAGAUGAUGAUGCCUUGGAUUUAAGAGUGGUGAUAUGAAUAACCCACUGGAGGACUUAUCUGAAAGCCCUGGAAUCAAAGCGGAUAUUUACGAGAGUGGCCAGAGGAAUGGGAGUGCACCUCACAUCUCAGAAGAGCCUCUACUCACACCAAAUGUCAAAAGGACUUCACCCUGCAGAGGCAACAGAUUAAAAGAAGAAGCCAGAGAAGUUUCACCUUGUUCACCUUAUUUUCCUGAAGUUGUUGCGCCAACGCAUUCACACUCCACCACUGACUCUUCAUUACCUUGGAACAAAUCAAGUGCAACUCAGGUAAUUAAGAUUUAUAAUGAAGAUAACACCAGCAGAGCGGUGGAGGUCCCUAGUGACAUCGUUGCCCGGGACAUAUGUCAGCUGUUUGCCUUGAAGAGCCACUGCAUCGACGAACACAGCUUGACUCUUUACGAGCACCUCUCCCAUCUGGGAAUAGAGAGAACUAUUGAAGACCAUGAGUCUAUUAUGGAGGUGAUAUCCAGUUGGGGAAUGGAUGCUGACAACAGGCUUAAUCUUAGAAAGAAUUAUGCCAAAUAUGAGUUUUUCAGGAAACCCUCGGACUUCUUCCCUGACCACAUGGUGUCCAUAUCCAGUGAAUCCAAUGGGGUGGUUGAUCACUCUCAACUUGUACAGAUCUUUCUCAGCUCCAGCACCUGCCCAGAAAUUCACGGACAUCUUCAUACCAAAGAGCCAAGCAGGAAGUCCUGGAAGAAGUUGUACUUUAUCUUGCGGAGGUCAGGGCUUUAUGUCUCCAGUAAGGGAACUUCUAAGGACCCUUGGCAUCUUCAAUUUAUCACUGACUUCACGGACUCAAAUGUCUACACAUUGCUGUCAGCCAAAAAAACACACGGGGCUCCCACCGACUUUGCCUUCUGUGUCAAGUCCUUAAAUUGCACUUCAUCCCGGGAUAUGAAGCUGCUGUGUGCUGAUGACGAGCAGACGAGGAUGUGUUGGAUUGCAGCUGUGCGAUUAUUCAAGUUUGGGAUGCAACUGUACCAAAACUUCAUGCAGCCACACCAGAAACAAAAAGCUUCUCCAAUGCGGAGCAUUUCUGAGAACUCCUUAGUGGCAAUGGACUUCUCUGGCCAGAAGAGUCGGGUGAUUGAAAACCCUUCGGAGGUUCUCUCUGUGGCCGUGCAAGAAGGCCUGGCAUGGAGGAGGAAAAGCUGUCACCGUCUGAGUGCACAUGGAAGCCCAUCUGCAUCCCAAAGUUCACUCAAUAUAGCUCUCCAUUCAGCCCAGCCCUGGUUCCAUGGCAAGCUAUCACGGGAUGAAGCUCAGCGUCUGAUCAUUCAGCAGGGUCCUAUUGAUGGGUUAUUCCUUUUGAGGGACAGUCAGAGCAACCCCAAGACAUUUGUGCUGUCACUGUGCCACAUGCAAAAAGUCAAACACUUCCAGAUCUUACCUGUGGACGACGCAGGGGAAUUGUCCUACACCCUCGAUGACGGUCACACACGCUUCUCAGAUUUGAUUCAACUGGUGGACUUUUACCAGCUGAAUCGUGGAGUGCUGCCCUGCAAACUCAAACAACACUGUACCGGGAUCACCCUGUGACAACCGGGAUCAGCGCCGUCAAACCCUCGCAGGCACCUCCUCUCAAAGGCCACUUUUCUGAGCGUUCACCUACAGUGAUUUUGUGCACGGAAGCAAAAUGAUGCUAUCGCUUGCAAGGUGCGUCAGGAGCUCUCACUGUAUCACACCAAAUUAUUUUUAAUAUUUUUGAAUUAUUCAGGUAUUCACUUUGCAAUGUUUGGGAUUUUUUAAAAAUCCUCUUUGUUUUAUAUGUUCUAAGUCUAUGGAUUAAUACAACUUUAUAAAAAGACAAAUAUAUACAUAAAAUAUUUUAAACGAUCCAUUGUUGUCCUUCACUCAUUUUUUGUCUAAUAAUGAAUAAUUAAAAAGUAAAUGUCAUUGCCUGCUAAAACAUUUUCUAAUAUUUUUUCUUUAAUAUGUUGUCAGUGGCGCAAGGUAUGAAUUGUCAUCUUCCAGCUCUAUUGUGGCCAGCAAAUGGGCGAGGAAGCACAUUUGCUUAUUGGACAAAAUACCUCACUCAGAGGCAGAAAAAACCCCACAAAUAGUGUAGUUAGAAAUACACAGUGCGAUAUUAUUAUUAUUAUUAUUAUAGAGCAAUAUAUUGGCUGUAAAUGUGAACAAUUGUGGUUCAAAAUACCAAUAGCAAAUAUGUAUUCAAUAUGAAUGCAUGUAAAUAAAAUACACAAAUAAAUAUAUAGGGGGAAAUUAAUAAACUACAAUGUUGUGAAAUCUGAAUUCAUAUUUGUCCCAUUCAAAAAGGUAACCUUGCAUUAUCUAUUGAUAUUUAAUGGUCAGCUUGAAAUUAAAUAAAACAACAAUAAUAAUAUUUUGAUAGCUCAACCUUAAGAGUACCAAAAAAUGUAGCAUUUCAAGAAAUUGGAACAUUAGUUAACAUUCAUUAUUUUUAAUACUGAAAUUGUGUAGGAAUUGGCCAUCUCAGUAUGUUCUCGAUGGAUUCUCAUGUUCUUUAAAGUGUAAAAAAAGAACAAGAAAAAACCUCCAAUAGAUCAUAUACAACCUGAUUUUAUUUGAAAGUAAUUUCAGGCUCUCCUGUGGAACUGAGUUGCAUAUUUACUUUCUCGAAAAUAAUGAGCUUCCUCCUAGUAUAUCUUUACCUUCACCUGACACGCUUGCUUAUUUGUUCACUUAUUCACAGUGAAAAUGGUUUAUUAUUUAACGUCUUGCCCUUGUAGUUAAAUUUAGUUGCUCUAUAUUGCAUAUGAACGCUACACAUUAACCCAGUAUUGCCAAAUGUGAUUUAAUAUAUUCUGUAAGCACUUUAUACUGUUGUACUGUACAUUAAUGUGUGCAGCGGCAUCGAGGGUGCAGGUCAUCUCAUGACCAGUAGAUGGUAGUAAAUUCAUUUUGUUGGCUCUGUUCCAGUUUUGAUGUAAGAAGUCAAACAAUCAAUUGAAAUUGAAGUUAAUUUCACAAAAGAUGAAAUAAUGUCGGCAGUGCACAUUAUCAUACUAAAUUCCUGAUAAAAUAAGCCACACUUUUAAGUUAUCACCAGAGAGCAGAAUAAAUACUUCUCAGAAAUGACAUAUGAUAGCAUUAAAAAAAGACAUUUGUUUGAAAUUUUCUGACUCUGUAUUAGCCCUAGUUAGAUUAGGUCAUAUUGACUUUAUCGAGCCUUAAAAGGCCUUUUGUAUAUUCCCUUUCUCUCAGGAUGCGUACAAUUAUUACAAGUGCAAGCAAUGAGUCAUGCUUUCACUUAUGUAUGAUUUUACUCCGAGUAAACCCUGCAAAUGAUUCCCUGCGCAAACAGCAAACGGGCAAAAUGUCUCGUCUGGAACCAUCCGUGUUAAACAAGCUUCUUUGUUGUGAUAUAAAUGCACUGCCCCGACGCCUCUCCUGCUCCACUUCAAAAGCAGGUUUUCUUCUUUUUUUGAAAGGGAGUGCUCACAUCCAGGGGAGACGUGCACAAACACACAAGUCUUAAAUGUACCCCUGCUACUUAGGUCUUGUGCUAAAUGUUGUUUUGGAUGUAUUCCUGCCAUUGAUCGGCGCCUGGCUGCAGGGGGAGAAAUGGCAGCUGGGAGAGAAUGCGCUUCCUUUAAUGAAUUCAUCCAGCACCGACGGCCUGUGGACACCGCAUUUCUUCCAGCUAGGACAGCCUUCUUUCUCAAUCCCUUUCUCUUUCUGCUCUUUCUUGCCCCUCACGGACAACCAACAGCACUCUUUGCACUUCACACCACUCUGCGGCUUGUAUUCCACAUGCACUCUAACAAAAGUGUCAAUUUAACCACCAGUUUUUCAAUGAAAAUAAUUAGCGGGGCACUAAACAACAACAUACAGUAGCAGGAAAGGCUACAGUACAGAUAUCAGAACACUGAUACCAUCAGAUAGCCCGUCUGUGCUGUUUUGCAUUGUUUACUAGCAUGGCGCUAGCAGUUAAGGUGAAACUAGUAGGUGGUUGUUUUACAAAAACAAUGUGUAGUUCUCUCUCGUUGUGUUUAGUUUAACAGUGAACCACAUGUUUGGUGCGAGAUAGGCAGUGUUGUCACGGAUUACUUAAAAAAGUAAUUUAAUUACUGAUUACACCUCAAAAAAGUAAUCUAGUUACUUUACUGAUUACUUUAUUAUCAAAGUAACUAAGUUACUUUAACUUAUCAGUUACUUUUUACCAAUUUUUCUCCUUUUGCUGCCUCAACAUAAAAAUAACAGAAAAAUGUCAUCACGUGUAAUUGAGUUUUUUACAUAAGGCUUAAUCUUUGAGUUAGCGGGGGUUUAAUUAGUCGAUGGAGUUGAUUUCAACCACCAUUGACUUGCCCUAGCUUUGCCAUUCCGGAGCCCUAAAACUAACAAAUAACUGACAAACUGUAUGGAAUUUGUUUAAAUCAACUCCAAUGGCUAAUGGCCACUCACAGCUGUGUCUUGACACUCAGUGAUACAUGCAACGUGGAGUUUUUGGAUCGAAACAAGGUAAGUGCGCAAUAAUAUCUCGUUAAAGUCAUGGCGUCUAUAAUUCUGCUCUCUCGUGCUCUCACCUCCAGAUAAGAUUUUGCUGUUUAAAUUUUUUUUUUAAAGGCCCUCCUGUCCAAAAUUAUUCUUCCCUCAGAAAAUUGAGAUUUUAAGCUUUCCAAUGAUGUAUCACACAUGCAUAUAGGACAAUUUUGAAAUUUGGCCAAAUUGGGGUCUCAGAGCGGAACUUUAAGUCAUCUGAGUGUUUUCUGCCAUAUAUAUAUUAUAAAUCUGAAUUUUUCUAUCCAGACGGAGGAAGAACACUUUAAAUAUAUUAAAUUGAUAUAGGCAGUGAAUCUUGAACUCAAGCAUAUCGAGGCCUGGCCGAGUGUCCUCUUUUUUGGAAAUCAAAGUAUGGUCACCCUAAGAUAGACACCAAAAAGGACGAUUCUUUGUGGCAUUUAGCGAGGAAAGAAAAACCACAACUUCGAAUUCAGAUGUACUCUUCAGAAGAAUGCAAUUCAUUCAUUUUUU